AUGUUGCUGCCACUUAAAUCAUUACAACCUAUCCUUUCAAAUGAAAAAAGUUAUAUCAAUUAUUUGAUCAAAAAAGAAGCUCUUGAUAGUCAAUCAAUAUGUAAUUCAUGUAGUAGCUUAGCAAAAAGAUAUGAAAAAUGCAAAUUAAAAGUUAAUGAGAUUCUUCAAAUUGGAUAUUAUUGGUUAGCAAAAACUCUACAUAUCUCAAUUAAAACCAUUACAGGACACUCACCAAAUACUAUAACAUAUUAUACUAAUCCACUUGUUGGUCUUAAUCUUCAAGAAACACAAAACAAAAUCAGAGAUCCAAAAAUCAUAGUUGAAAUUGAUGAAACUAAGAUUGGGAAAAGAAAACAUAAUCAUAGUUACUGUGCCAUUUACAUGAUUAUAUUUGGAGAAGAUAAAAUGAAGGAUGAAAUUGAGAAUAUAGAAGAAAUUAUGGACAGAGAAGAAAUAAAUAAAAGAGAAGAAAAAGAUGAAGAGGAAAAAAGAGAAGGUAGUGUUGAAGAAAUAGAAAAUAAAAAUAAUAAUAAUAUAGAAAUUAUAGAAAUUAUGAGUGAUGAUAGUAUAGAAAUCAUAGAAAUUGAAAGCGAUAAUAAUAUAUAA